ACCUAGCUUCAUCCACAAAUUUAAGGCCCCAUAUUAGCAUGACCAACAGGCAUUAGCACAUGGCUUUGCCUUCGGUGGUUAGUGGCAAAAUUUCAGCUCCAACUCAAAGCCUUCUCUAGCCUCUUGUAUAAAUAAUCCCCCUUCCAUUAGCUUUUUCAUCAUCAUUCAUCAACCACAAGCAAUAUCUAUUCAGCUAUCAAACGUCUCUAACUUUCUUGUUUCCAACCUUCAAGAGAAAAAAAGAAGAAUGCUCAGUGCUAAGAAACUCAUCAAGAUGGAUAGGAAAUGGCAGAAGUUUGCAGCCAUGCAGAGGAAGAGGAUUUCACUUCCAAGAAAUGGAAACGAUGUGGACAAUUGUGGUACGUCUUCAUCAUCUAUAGCUGGAAAAGGCCAGUUUGUAGUGUAUACAACUGAUCAAAGGCGCUUUGUGAUUCCAUUGGCUUAUCUAGAAAAUGAGCUCAUUUUGCAACUUUUAAACAUGUCUGAAGAAGAAUUUGGCCUGCCAAGUGGGGGUCCUAUUACAUUACCGUGUGAUUCAGCUUUCAUGGACUACAUUGUUUCAUUAAUCAAGAAAUGUGCAACUGAUGAAGAUCUUCAGAAAGCAUUGCUCCUCUUGGUUAGUUCAAGUUGCUCUUCAACUUCUUAUUUCCACCAAGAAUGGAAAAACCAGCAGCUCCUUGUUUAUUGACUCAUGAUCAUUUUCUUUAGUAAAUGACAAUUGUAUAUCAGAUUAAAUGUAGGUAAUUAAAUUAGUGUAUACAGAUAGAGUUGUUUUUUAUCUGAAAUUCUACCAGAUUUAAAGAUUUCAUUUGUCAUCUUGGGCUGGUACUUAUCCAAGUACUUAGUCAACUUUAUUUACAGAUAUUAUAUAAAUCACUUAGAAGUGACAUUAAAUCAGCACUGAAGAGUUCAAAUGCAAUGAAAUCAUAAAAAGUAUUCCUCUUUCACUGCUAUUAAAUCUCAUGAAGUAAUCAAUCUAGAGUGAAAAAGGUGCACAGAUUGCAAGAAUGUAAUCAUUUGGAUGUAUUAAAAGAUCACACCACUUGGAUUGUAGGUUCUGUUAAUAUGUCUAUCAUAUUCAAAUAUAUAUUGGUGAAGACUGUCAUACAUAGAUGGAAAUGAAGAGUAAAGGAAGCCUCAAUUUCAAAUAAAUUAUGAACCACCUGUACUAUGGCCUAAUCAGUCCAAACAGAAUCUGCAUUUUUUAUAGUUCUCAUUUCUUUCGGGACCUUUCUUCAUGGAAUAACAAAAGAUUAUUAAGUAUGUUAUUGUUAGCAUAAUGGAGAGAUUGUAGAAUAUCUACAUUAAGAUAUUCUCAAUAUGGUGAAUAUGAAGAGAUAUUAUGAAUAUAUGAAAUAUUAUUAAGGAUAUUCUACAUUUAGUGUAGAAUAUUAUGUACAUUAGUGGAAGAAUAUUUUGUAGGAUUUACAUUUAGUGUAGGAUAUUUUACUUCCCUUCCUCUCUUAUUCCUCUUGUAUAUAAAUAUCAAUGUAUUCUGAUGUAAGGGGAUCAAGUAAUUGAGAUAGUCAUUCUUCAAUUUCUCUCGUGCUUUCUCUGUUCUUGACAUGGUAUUAGAGCCUUCUUUUUUUUUUUUUUUUUUUUGAAAGUUUAGUUCUCUUGACUGUUCGUCAACAAGCAGUCCUAAGAAUCUAGGGCUUUUGGUUUUGGUUUUGGUCUUGGUUAUUCUAGCUAUAUUUUUGUGUCAUUGUGUUUUUGAUUUUCUCUAUUCAGAAACAUGACUUCACAUCAAUUUGAGUCUUUCAGUGCUCGUUUCACUGAAAAAAAUUAUUCAGCUUGGGAAUUUCAGUUUCAACUUUUUGUCACGGGAAAAGAAUUAUGGGGCCAUAUAGAUGGAAGUGAUGCUGCUCCUAAUGAUCUUACAAAGUUAGGUUAGUAGAAGGUCAAGGAUGCUCGGGUGAUGACAUGGAUUUUAGGGUCAAUUGACCCUCUUAUUGUUCUUAAUCUCAGGCCGUACAAGACUGCAAAGGCCAUGUGGGAGUAUUUACAAAAGGUUUACAAUCAAGACAAUAGCGCUAGAAGAUUUCAGCUAGAGCAUGAAAUUGCUAAUUACUCUCAAGGAGGUCUCUCUAUUCAGGAUUAUUAUUCUGGAUUUCAGAAUUUAUGGGUUGAAUUUACUGAUAUCGUUUAUGCUAAAAUACCUGCUGAAUCUCUCUCUCUAUAAUUCAAGCAGUUCAUGAGGAAAGCAAGCGAGACCAAUUUUUGAUGAAAUUGCGAUACGAUUUUGAGAGUGUUCACUCUAACUUGAUGAAUCGUGACCCGUCUCCCUCUUUGGAUGUUUGUUUUAGGGAAUUACUUCGUGAAGAGCAGCGUCUUGUCACACAAAAUGUUUUCAAGAAAGCAAAUGAUGUCACUGUUACAUUUGCUGCUCAAGGAAAAGGAAAGGGCAGGGAUAUGACUAGAACUCAAUGUUAUAGCUGCAAGCAAUAUGGUCAUAUUGCUAGCAAUUGUGGCAAGAAGUUUUGUAACUACUGUAAACAACAUGGACAUAUUAUCAGAGUGUCCCACACGCCCUCAAAAUCAGAGGAUCAAUGUUUUUCAAGCUGACGUAAAUGGUUCCACAACUGACAACUCAUCUUCUGCAGGACAAAUUCUUACUCCUAAAAUGGUCUAACAAAUGAUCGUGUCAGCCUUUUCGGCUUUGGGAUUACAAGGAUCAGGUGUCGGGGACGGUAAUCGCGAAGGGGCCUGAAGUUGGAAGAUUGUUUCCUAUACAUUUUUCCAUUCCUCCUGUUCUAUCUUUUGCUUGUACUUCUACUGCUAGUAACAUUGAAGUUUGGCAUAAGCGUCUAGAACAUCCAAAUUCUAUUGUGUUGUCUCAUUUAUCGAAUUUUGGUUUAUUGGGAAAUAAAAAUCAAUUUUCAGCUGCUUCCUUUGAACCUCGAAAAAUUUUCCGUUGGUACGCAAGUGAAUGAACUAGUGAUAAGUAUGGGUGUAUGAUGUCCAUGAGCAAGAAACGACGUUUGAUGACCUUAGGCGAGAUUUCAAAGGA